AAAAGAAUUUCCCGCGAACAAGUCAUUCAUCACCUCUACCGUUUAUCGACCUCCCAUAUCAGGAAGCGACUCCUGAUUUACUCAUACUUGUCUGGUGAUACGGCUGUACUCUCCAAGCCCUGAAUAGGCGCUAUCCGAUUUUCAUUUCCCGCGGAAAGUGUGACUUUCCUCUCAACGCCACCUCCGGUUGCGGUGUUCAUGUGGCUCAACACCUUGUGAAUAGCUUCUUGGAAUUGAUAUUAUCACUUCGUUAUCGUUGUCCCGGUAAAUUCCUGGCUGAUCGUAUUGUGAUUGACAAUCGCAUUCACCCACUGUUCAAACCCCCGAGUUUUAAACGUCCGGGUUAGCGGCUUGAAGCGCUAGAGCCGAAGACAAAUACGUCUUAGGAUCUACCAAACACUAUCCGAUUGAGCCUGCGAUUUUCUUUUUGCUCACUAUUCUUGUUAUUACCCCCCCACCUCUGCUCUUAGCACUAUCAAGCUAGUCAUCAUGUCUGUACCGGCACUACAGCGGGACACUGCCUUCCAGGUGCGAUCUUUGUUUCGCUCCUUGCUCCGUCAGUCGUCCCAGUUCUCUAAUUAUAACUUCCGCGAGUACGCCCGUCGGCGGACGAGGGAUGCUUUCCGUGAACAUCAACGGGAGACGGAGGAUAGGAGGAUACAAGAGUUGAUCCAGGAUGGUUUACAGAAUUUGCGGAUGAUGAAGAGGCAAACCGUCAUCAGUCAGUUCUAUCAAAUGGACAGACUGGUUGUUGAAGGCCAGAAGACGGGUAAGCAAACUGGAAAGGAAGGGGAUAUUGUUCGCCAGAAGGAUACUGGUUGGGAUUAAUUGAGACCAAAAAGAUCACGAACAAGCGGUUGAAACACCACAGGAGGUUCGGGAAGAGACUUGAUUUUCCAUUCUAAUGGGAAUAGAGAGGAUGAUGUGAUCUAAUCCAAUAGACUCGAGGUGUUUCUUGUAUUAUUAAUGAAACUGUUACAUUGUAGGUAGCGCAGUCUCUUAU